CUCGACCGAUCGUCGACGGUGACUCGUCCGUCGCGUCGCGUGUCGUCCAGUCUUUCACCGACCUCGCGCUCGUCGACGUCGACGUCCUCCCCGUAGUCCUCGUUAACUCGUCACCGUCAUGGUCGUCGUCGUCGUGGUUUAAACGUGGGUGGGUGACCGCGCGCGUGUGUGUGGAAAGCUUGUGAAAUAAACGUGACUGGGGUGAAUUUUCAGGCUUUCCUUCGGGACGUACAGAGACACCCGCCUCGCCUCGCCGCCUCGCGAUACCCAGUUUUCCUUCUUAACGGUCGCGUUGCACACACACCCUCGCGCGUAUGUUUAUUUAUAUUGAGAUAUAGAGAGCGAGAAGAACGCGUACCGAUGCACCGCCGUGCGGUUACCGCGUAGAAAGGGGUAAACGCCGUGUGACAGGGAUCGAACGAAAUCGAGCGAGAUUUACGGGCGGAUCGAUGACACCGGCACGCAGCCGUGAAGUUGGAACCGGAAGCUGACCGCUGGUUACACAAAACGGGACACGGUUUGUUAUUUCGUCGCGUGCCGGACGGUGUGCCCGAUUGCCUGCCCGAAGGACCGACGGAGGGAUCUCUGUUUAUCCCCGAUUUCGAUCGAUCGACCCUCGACGCGACCUGGAUAUCGCCAGGCGUCAAUUGCCCGUUUGUUGACGCGUGCACGUUCGUCGCUUCGCGAGAAGCGCACCGGAGAGGAGCUGUUUUUCCCGGUCGAGGUGUUCCUUCUUCUCGCGGGGCACUUCUUCGAGAAAAUGUCGUCGCUGCGGACUCAAUCGACCGGCGGCGGGGUCCUCGGUUUGAGCAGCGUCGGUUCCGAUCGCACCGGAGCCACUUCGACCGCUGGCGGUUCUCAUUCCCACUCGCACAGGAAGCACCAUCAUCAUCACAGGAGCAGAAGCGCGCCGAGGGCGCCGGAGAAACCGCCGCGGAAACGUCAUCUUAAUCCCGGGCACAGUCUCGCCUCCAUUCCCAGUCAGAUUAAGCUGUCGAUGCUGAACAGCGGCCUCAUCUCGUUCGCCACGGAAGAACUCGGUAGCAGUAUGAGCACCACUCUGCCGUCCGCGCCGACCGAACUCCCACAAUUCCCGAAGCUUUGCGAGUUACGCCGAAAGUUUCCUGUUCUGUACCGCGUGGAGUUUCAGACAGCGACCAAGGUAGAAACGCACGCGUGCAGACACGCCACGAAACCGGCCAACAAGGAGAAGAACCAGAACCAGAAGUGUAUUCCUUAUGAUUACAACAGGGUGGUUUUGGAUACGCUAGAAGGCGAACCCGAUUCCGAUUACGUUAACGCGUCUUAUGUAGAUAGUAUAUUGAAACCGAACGCUUACAUCGUGACACAGGGACCCAUGGAGAACACGGUGACGGAAUUCUGGCGCAUGGUGUGGCAAGAAAGGGCUUGCUGUAUCGUCAUGCUCACGAAGACUUUCGAUUUCAUCAGGGUGAUGUGCGUCCAAUAUUGGCCGGCUAGCAAAGACAAAGACGAAGAGUACGGAGGCAUCGGGGUGUCCGUGAUGAAGGAGGAGGAGCUCGCCAAUUUUCACAUACGGACCAUAAGGCUCUACAAGAAAAAUGAGAACGACGAAGUGACGGAAGAAAGAACGUUGUUACAAUUCCAUUACACUGAGUGGCAUUCGCACACGUGCCCGUUCGGUAACGCGGUUUUGGAGUUUCGUCGACGAGUCAGGGCUGUCGUCGGGUCUACCAUAAAGAACGAAUCCGGUCCCAUGGUCGUCCAUUGCAACGACGGCGGCGGAAGAUCGGGGGUGUACCUCGCGAUAGACGCGAACAUGGAGCUGGCCGAGGAGGAGGACGCCUUCGACGUGUUUGGCUACUUGAAAAAGUUGCGGCAGAGUAGAAGAGGACUUAUCGAGAACUUGGAACAGUACAAAUUCGUAUACGACACGUUGGAGGAGUUCGUGGUGUGCGGCACGUCGUGGUUUCCGGUUUCGGAGCUGUCGCAGCGUCUCAAGCAAAAGAGCGUAAAAAAUCCGAUAACCAAGAUAAAUGAGUAUCAGCGGGAAUAUCAGCAAAUUUGUAAGCAAACGCCGCGUUUUACGAUUGGAGAUUGCGCCGGCGGACACAGGGCCGACAAUAGGGAGAAGAACAGAGACGUUCUGGUAGUACCACCCGACAACUUUCGACCGUACCUCACCAGUUUCCAGGGUAAUAGUUACACCGACUAUAUAAACGCUGUCUUCGUGGACGGCUACACGAAGCCAAGGGAAUACAUCGUAACGGAAUGGCCUCUCCGACACACGUGCGGUGAGUUCUGGUCCUUGGUUUACGACUACGAGUGCGCGGCUGUGGUGGUGUUGUGUGUACCGCCCCCGGGCUCCACGAAUUUCCCGAGCUUUUGGCCAGAGGGGAAGCACUCGAAGAAGUAUGGUCCAGUGUUUACGAUCGAUCACAUUAGUCACAAUCACUAUACGAACAUCAAGACUUGGAUCUUCAGGAUAAAUAAGAAGAUCGUGUCGCUGACGGAGCUGAUGGCCGGCGUGAAAGCUCCGCCGAAAACCGUUCAGUUGUUUCAGCUAACUUGCUGGCCGAUGGGCCACAAAGUACCAACGUCCACCAACAGUCUGGUCGAGCUGAUGAACAUGGUGGAGAGAUGGAGGCAACGAACCGAUUACGGUCCGGUGGCCGUCGUUUCACCGGACGGUAGGAGUCGUUGCGGCGUUUACUGUGCCGCGAACGCGUGCAUCGAGCAGGUGAUACAGCACGGCGAGGUGGACAUUUUCCAAGCAGUGAAAACUGUACGGAGACACAGGCCCCAGCUCGUCGAGAACAUGACGGAGUACAAGUACUGUUACGACUUGGUGCUGCACUACGUGCUACACUAUCUCAACAAAGACAUGAACGAAAAGAAGUGAGAAAGCGAGUUGAGGGACGAGCUGUGGUUUAUCGAGUUCGGUCGGGGGGCGGCUCUGCCGC